UGCCUUGCAGCCGCUAUGAGCCACCUGCGCGCGGUGCCUGACUGGAGCGAAGGCGAGCGAGAAACGGGCGCGCAGCCGCUGGAGGAGAGUCUCCUCCUGGGCCCUGAGGCGGCGGGUAGAGGCAGCGCCUUCCCCUCCGCCUGGCUGGGCAUCUGCUGCCCGGCUCGCGUCUCCGCUUCCCCGCGCUACCUGCUCUCGGGGGCAGCCGAGGAAGAAGAGGAGGAGGAGGAGGAGGAGGAAGAGCUCCUGGAAGCCGGCUCGGCCGGGCACCUGAGAGGCGGUGCGCCGGGGAGGUCGUGCGCCCUGCAGCCGCGCCAGCCGCGCGCCCACCCCUGCGAGGCGCAGCCGCCCGAGCGGCCCCGCGCGCCCGGCUCCGGGGGGCUGCCGCGUCCGGCCCCGCAGGCGAGCGGCGUGCAGAAGCAGAGGCGCCUGGCGGCCAACGCCCGCGAGCGGCGGCGGAUGCACGGGCUGAACCACGCCUUCGACCAGCUGCGCAACGUCAUCCCCUCCUUCAACAACGACAAGAAGCUCUCCAAGUACGAGACGCUGCAGAUGGCGCAGAUCUACAUCAGCGCCCUGGCCGAGCUGCUCCACGGACCGCAGCCGCCCGCCGACCAGCGCCCGCCCGGCACCCCGCCGCCAGGGGGCGCGCCGCCGCCGCCGCCGCCGCCCAGAGCCCCGGCCCCCGCCUCGGCGCACGCCAGGACGCGUUUCCCCCCGGAGCCGCCGGCGGGGGGCUACGGCGUGCAGCUCGACCCGCUCCGUUUCCCCUCCUUCGCCGACGGCGCCCUGCUGGGACAGAAGGCCCCCUCGCCGGCCCAGCUCCUGCAGCCCCCGGGCCAGCAGCAGCAGCAGCAGCCCCAGCACGAGCGGAGGAAACCCUCGCCGCCCGCCCACCGCAGCGACGGGGAGUUCUCGCCCCGAUCCCACUACAGUGACUCGGACGAAGCCAGUUAGGGCAGAACCGAGGCAG